CAGGGGGUGGGGCUUGGACCUAACUAUGAUGUGGAAGGGGAGUUAUGGUGUGGUGCCCGGUUCUCUGAACGGAACUCUUGCUUGUAAUGAGAGGAAGGGUGUGUGCCUGUAGGUGGUACUGUUGUGAUUGGUGCGCGUGUAUGUGCACCUGUGUGUAUCUCCGAUCUAUUCCGCUGAAUUAGGCGGAGAGAAAAGAACAAGAACGACGGGCGGAGCGAAGAUUGUACCGUUGUGAACGCUUUUUUCAAAAUUGGGUGGGGGGGGAGGAAUACGGCUGACUUAAUUGCGCUGGGACUGGUCUAGGUUUAAAAGGGAGGGCUGGAUGGUACCAUUUUGGGGAAUUUACAGGGAGAACUAAAGUGCCGCCGAUUCGAAUGAUAUUCAACCGCGGUUGAGCGGAGAAGAAUAGAAGCGGUGCCUUUAACGGCCCACUGUAAUCUGAAGGUCGGAAAAAGGCAAGAAGAAGCACCGCUCCAAGUUUAGGAAGGUGGCAUCAAUGAGAGGCCGGUCCUAGUGGUACCUUGCAAGGAGGUGUCAAGUCUAACCAGCCUAUAUACCCGGUGGUGCCAUUUUGAGCUGAUCUUCAAAGAGUGAGGAGGGAAGAGUGGCUUGAGAGCUGAAGAAGCAGAAGUCUGGGCCUUUUCUUGGAGAACAUUUUGACAUGACUGCCCAGGUUGGAGGGGCCCAAGGAGAGGCAUGAAAAAACCCUGCUUUUAGGAAGAGGCCAAUAUCUGUUCAAGCAACCCCAAAGACCCCCUCUCUCUCUGCCAUGGCUUCAAACUGUACUGGAGGCACAGCAGCUGCAAGCACUGGCUCAGCUAUAGGUGCUGCCCUCAGUGCUUCCAAGACCAAGACAAAGAAGAAGCAUUUUGUCUGCCAGAAAGUGAAACUCUUCCGAGCCUCUGAACCACUCCUGAGUGUCCUUAUGUGGGGAGUCAACCACACGAUUAAUGAGUUGAGUAAUGUCCCUGUCCCUGUUAUGUUAAUGCCAGAUGACUUUAAAGCCUACAGCAAGAUUAAAGUGGACAAUCAUCUUUUCAAUAAAGAGAAUCUCCCAAGCCGCUUCAAAUUUAAGGAGUAUUGUCCAAUGGUAUUCCGAAAUCUCCGGGAAAGAUUUGGGAUUGAUGAUCAGGACUAUCAGAAUUCUGUGACCCGGAGUGCUCCAGUAUACAAUGAUAGCCACGGGCGGUGUGGAGUUCGCUUCCUUACCACUUAUGACCGGCGGUUUGUCAUCAAGGCAGUGUCAAGUGAGGAUGUUGCAGAAAUGCAUAACAUUCUAAAGAAAUAUCACCAGUUCAUUGUGGAAUGUCAUGGAAAUACACUUUUACCCCAGUUUCUUGGCAUGUACAGGCUUACAGUAGAUGGUGUGGAAACUUACAUGGUAGUCACCAGGAAUGUAUUUAGUCACCGGUUGACAGUACAUCGAAAAUACGAUCUCAAGGGUUCAACAGUAGCAAGAGAAGCCAGCGACAAAGAAAAGGCUAAGGACCUACCAACCUUUAAAGACAACGAUUUUCUAAAUGAAGGCCAAAAGCUCCAUGUUGGAGAGGAAUGUAAAAAAAAUUUCCUGGAGAAAUUGAAGCGAGAUGUUGAGUUUCUUGCACAACUGAAAAUCAUGGAUUACAGUUUGCUGGUAGGAAUUCAUGAUGUUGAUCGAGCUGAGCAAGAAGAGAUGGAAGUUGAAAACCGGGCAGAAGAUGAAGAAUGUGAGAAUGAUGGCAUAGGUGGGAAUCCAAUUGGUUCCUAUGGGACUCCACCUGACAGUCCUGGUAACCUUCUCAACUUCCCACGUUUCUUUGGGCCUGGGGAGUUUGAUCCAUCUGUGGAUGUCUAUGCUAUGAAAAGCCAUGAAAGUGCCCCUAAGAAGGAGGUAUAUUUCAUGGCAAUUAUAGAUAUCCUUACACCUUAUGACACCAAGAAAAAAGCAGCGCAUGCUGCCAAAACUGUGAAGCAUGGGGCUGGAGCAGAAAUUUCCACUGUCAAUCCCGAACAGUAUUCAAAACGCUUCAAUGAAUUUAUGUCCAAUAUCCUGACAUAGUUGUCUUCCUGUUGUUGGCAGAAAAGAAGGGAGAAGAAUAGUAGAGGGUGGGUGGUAGUGUUUCCAGUUCUACAGGAAUGCAGCCCAGUCUGCUGGAUAUGAUAUUCUGUGAGUGUGUAAUGACAGUCUGACCUAGCAGAAAACUAACCUCUAGAUGUGGGCCUCCAAACCUGGUGGAAAAUGAGACUAUUACUCUCUUCUAUUUUGGUUGCUACAAUAAAUAGCCAAACAUAAACCUGAGGAAUAAAGUAGUGUUAAGAUUUGCACUUUUCUUUGAAAAGCAUCAAUCUCCAAAUGAUCAGAUGUUAAUGUGAACACACAACAGAAGAUAUAAAUGAUGGUUUUCUUCAAUUGAACUAUGGCUGUUACUCAGAACAAAUUCCCUUUAUUGCUUUCUCUAAGGAUUGGACAAGAGAUUACUUGUCAUUUCAAGGACAAGGACUGUUAUAAUGAUUAAGGAAAGCCAUUUAAGUUAGUUGAACAAACUUUUUACUUCUGGUCUUUUGAUAUCCCACUUUCUUUUUGCAUUGUUAUUUCAAAACAAGAUGAGAAUAUGAGGGAAUUAGAUGGCUGCUUAAAAUUUUAUGCAAUCAAGGGAGGAAAAAAGCAGUUUAAGAAGAAUCCACAUUUCUAAUGAAAUUCGAUACAAUAUCUUGGUGGAGAUCAUGAAGAGGUGAGGUAACUUUAUGCAGAUACAUUUGUACUGAGUUGGAUUACAACUUGGAUUAAGUUAUCUCUAAUAUAAUGAUCUACCAGAGCUAAAUUAUUCAUGGUUUUAUACCUUGAUCUGGUUGUAAAUGCUGUAAAAUGAUAUUUUCCUGUUUUAAAAAAGGUACCACUUCUUUGUAACAUCUUAUGCUGUGAACCAUUGUGUUAGAAAUAUUAGCUUUUGAUCAUUCCAUUGGGGAAGAAUCUAGUCUCAGAAUAUGGGGGGAAAAUAAUAAAUUGUUGAAGGUGACUGCUCUUAACCACUAGGACAGAUUGUCCUGCUAAUCCAGACUUUUGGAAUAAGUUGCACUAGCUCAGUUUUCUUAAAAGGAUCCAAACUGUUCUUGCCUCAUUUCAAUUACAAUUUUUUCUUGUAAUCUGCAGACUAAUGUUGGAUUUCACCACCAUUCUUGUCAAAACUGAAGAUUUUGAAUUCAUUGAUACCAUUUUUUCAGUAUUCUUCUUGUGAGGAUGGGUUGUUUAUAGGUGUUUUUUUUAAAGAGGGAUUUGGCAAAUUAUGAACCAUCAACUUGCAAUCAAGACACUUUGCUUACUCUUUCUGAAUGUGUUUCUUACACAUGCUUUUUGUGUGUGUGUGUAUGUGAUUGUUGGGGUGUUAAUGUCCUGUGCCUUCUGCUUUGUGGAUUCUAUCUUUUUUGAGAGUAAGGUAAAUGUUUUAUUCUUUCUUCAUUGUCCUCAAGUAUGUGUAUUCUUUCAGAUGGGUUUUUCACAUUUAUAAACAACAAAAAAUUGCAUAACACAUUCCCCGAUUUCAAAGUCGUAUAAUAGUUUACAAGGCUUAAAAAUCAUGGAAUAUGCUGUACCAUAAGAUUUUGUUAAGGCAUAAAUUAAACUAUAAAUGCUGCACUUAGAAAUUCAGUGUAAAAUAGAAAAUUUGGUCUACCCUGUCUUAACAUGGUCGUUUCAUUUUCAGCUCUUUUUGUUUACAUUUUGAUUAAAAUUGGUAAGCAUUAGCCUAAAAUGCUGUUUUUUUACAUUUUUUAUAAAUAUUUGCCUACCUUAAUCUAUUUAGGAGUUAGUCAGUGCACAGCUUAAAAAACCAUGAAAAGAUAUGUUGCCAGGUUGAUUCAUUUAUUGAAGACAUUUGAAGCAACCAAUAAUGGGCACUCAGGCAAAAAGAACAAACUCUACAUCUUUGCCUCCUCUUACUUUCUCUUCUCAGUCUUCCCUGGCCUUUGAAUCUGCACUCUCUCCAUUCCUCAAUCCACUUCCAUCAGACGUUUUUCUCUUUAA